CACCACGCGUCCGCCCGUCAACCGACCAAGCUCACUGCCCAGCCGCGGGAACGGACUGCAAAGGUAACUUGCCUCCUCAACCAAAGUUCGUUGAUCCAAACACAGCUCCGCAAGUUCUGGCUAGUCUGGCACCUGCACCAGAUAAGGCGGCUUAUUACGCGUGCUUGGAUUCGCUGCAGUGUUAGUAUUACUUGUGCUCGAGCCCCUCUUUGCGUCUCACAAGUCAACUUCCCUGGUCAUCGACGCCAACUUUUGCCCCUCCUUCGGACACGUCGUCGGAUAACUCGAUAGCCCUGAGGCGCAGCCUUCGCUUCAGCUUUCUUGUAUGUCUCCUUACAACCAGACAUCCGAUUUGCCGAACCAAUCCGGCACCCUAGGCAAUGUCCCGACCUCGCAGGGCAGAAGCCUAGGCCCAUCUCCAGCAAGUCAGGCCAAGGCGCCCCCGCACCAGGCUCCCGCCACCAGUUCGGCGGGCGGCGCCGACGAGGAAGACUUGUUAGAUCUUAGCGACGAUGUGCCCCCGAAUAGAUCCCGGCAGCUGGCGCAAGAUCCUCCGGGUUUUCACGGCGGCCCCGAGCACGGAACAAUGUUUGACGACACCACAGACCUUAUGUCUUCUUCGACUGCCACUUUGAAGCCGAUGACCUCCCCCACCGCCACGACCGCCACACAAUAUCUCACGAUUGAUACGAGGACCUAUGUCGACCCUACCCCCCCGACUCCUGCUUCCUCACAGCCUCCCUCGAGAACCCCCUCAAACGCCGCGCCCCGGUCGAGAAAUGGCUUGGCAUCUGACGAGCCUUCGCCCACUGGGUUCGAUGCGGCAGAUGACGAUAAGAGAUAUGCUAGCGAGGAUGAUCAAGAGAGUGGGUCGAGAUCAGAAAUACAGAGCAUAAUGGAGCAAUUCAGCGAAGAAGGCGGCGGGCCGGGCGCCGAUGAAGUCAUGAGCCCGAGACUAGAGAUGGCUUCCCCGCUGCUCGGCAGCCCAAUCCAACAUCCGCCUCGAAAGUCCAGCUUAGAGCCCCUCGCCCCCAGCAUUGCCCAGCAGCUUCAGGAUACCCAGACUCCCCGGCUUUCCAUAGCUUCAUCUGCUAGCAUCCGACUCAAGGAGAAAGAAAGGGAUGACUCGAGACCCCCUGUUCCUCCUAAGGACGAGUCGGUUCAUCCUGGCACCGCUGCGAGUUCACUGGAUAAUGUACAUGGCACUUUAGAUCCGCCCAUGUCUCCAUCCGUAUCUUUGCAUCGCCCGCCUCCGCCAGAGCCCGAGCCCGAGCCAUCAUUGCCCUUUGACUUUCAUCGGUUCUUGGAGCAGCUGCGCAAUAAAAAGGCCGACCCGGUUGCACGAUACCUCAAAUCAUUCUUGGCCGAAUUUUCGAAACGACAAUGGAUGGUUCAUGAGCAAGUCAAGAUAAUCGGCGAUUUUCUUGUCUUUAUCGCCAACAAGAUGGCCCAGUGUGAAAUCUGGAGAGAUGUGACAGACGCCGAGUUCGAUAAUGCUCGUGAGGGCAUGGAGAAGCUUGUAAUGAAUCGUCUCUAUACCCAGACCUUUUCUCCAACAAUACCGGCACCACAACCAAUCCCAGGAGCGAAGCCAAAGAAACGUGGCGGGGAGCGACCAAUGGGCCCAGGAAGGCGAGGUCAACACCAAGAAGAUGUCGAGCGUGACGAAAUUCUCGCCCAAAAGAUCAACAUUUACGGUUGGGUGAAGGAGGAUCACCUAGACAUUCCUGCUGUGAGCGAAAGUGGGAAGCGGUUCCUGAAGCUUGCGCAACAGGAGCUUCUGAAAAUAAAAUCUUACAGGGCUCCGCGAGACAAGAUCAUCUGUGUCUUGAACUGCUGCAAAGUCAUAUUUGGUCUACUCAAACACUCCAAGUCCGACUCGUCUGCAGAUUCUUUCAUGCCGAUGCUCAUUUACGUUGUGCUACACGCAAACCCGGAGCAUUUAGUCUCGAACGUCCAGUACAUUCUCAGGUUCCGGAACCAAGACAAGCUGGGCGGAGAAGCUGGUUACUACCUUUCAUCGCUGAUGGGGGCCAUUCAGUUCAUCGAGAAUAUGGACCGGACCACGCUUACUAUCACUGAUGAAGAGUUUGAGGCCAAUGUCGAAGCUGCCGUCUCAGCUAUCGCAGAAAAGCAUCGUGCUGAAUCCCCUCCGCCACCGCCACCUCCAUCAGAGAAGCCGGCUUCUUUGCACCCACCUGGCACUGGGGAAUCUGGUCCCUCGUCUGCUCGCCCCUCUAUCGACGCAGAUGCCUCUCUCCGCCCUGUAACCCCCCGUCGCUCACUGUCAUCCAAUGAAGGUCGCGACAGCGGCGAGCACAGCGGAAACGACGAGAAAGCAGCGAUUACCGGCCUGCUUCGGUCAAUUCAAAAACCGUUGAGCACGAUAGGUCGCAUAUUUUCUGACGAGCCGUCCACUUCAGGGGCGGGCCCCGCCGUGGCGAGCCCGGCCCGUACGCCGCAGCCGGAGCGCAACGAAGGAGAUCUGCCCACGCGACAGAAGCUGUCAGCUGAAGAUGCUGCAGCCCGGCAGGCAAGUGCCGAAGCCGCUGAAGCGCAACGGCUACAUCGUGCAGAGCAUGCAAAUGUGGUAGAGACUUUGGCGGGCAUGUUUCCAGAUCUUGACCGCGAUAUCAUUAGUGACGUCGUGUAUCAGAAAGAAGGAAGGGUUGGGUUGGCUGUCGAUGCAUGCCUUGCUCUGUCUUCGUGAGUCCAUUAUAUGCUGUCCUUGACCAGGGUAAAAUGGAAUCUCAAAGGAGGAGGUACCAACCACGUAUAUGGGAAAGGAGGGAGCUUGCUGCAUUUCCGCGGGUUUUCGUCGUCGUAGCGAGCAUUGAGAGAGGAUUAGCGGCACGUUAGUUGAGUGUUUUGUUAUUUCCCCUGUCACAUCUGCAUAGGUUAAGGCCAGGUGCAACAGGAUAGCGGUUGUUCCUCUUAGUCCAGCAACAUAACCUAAACUAUUUACAUGAGAGUCCUAUAUUAAUAUACCCAAUUUCUUUAUCUUUAUUUUAUAAAGAA